AUGGAUCUCAGAGUUGUGUCGACGCUCAUUUAUUUGUCCAGUCUUCUGUACGCCUUUAAAACUCAAGAGUCCAAAGCUCCAGACGUGACUGACCUGUCCUUCAGAAACAUGGACUUUGCUAUGAACCUGUAUCGCAGAAUAUCACGUCAUCAUGACAAUAACAUCAUCUUCUCACCGCUCAGUGUCUCCGUGUCCUUGGCGACGCUCUUACUGGCAGCGGGAGGCUCGACGCGCGCUCAGAUCGCUGGCGGACUCAAUCUGGCGUCUCUAGAUGAUGAUGAUGAUGAAGUUAUUCCACAACUCUUCCAGGAUCUGCUGAGAAAUAUUUCCCUCAUACAGCAGAACACAGCGCUGUUCGUGGACCACAGGUUUGACCUCGAGCAGGUUUUCAGCCAUCAGGUGAAGCGAUUCUUCGGCGCUGACGUCAUCGGCGUGGAGUUUGGAAAGACUGAUGUCGCCAGGGACAUCAUCAAUGAUUACAUCAGCAAGAAAACCGGUGGCAAAGUGCGCGAGAUGGUGAAGAGCGUGGAGCCGCUGACGCAGAUGAUGCUGAUCAACACAGUCUUCUUUAAGGGUGACUGGCAGCGUCUCUUCGACCCCAACAGCACUGAACCGGGUCGCUUUUACGUAGACAAGUACAACAUCGUCCAGGUUCCGCUGAUGUUCGCUGAGGAUAAAUUCUUCACGACGGAAGACGGCGAUGUUGGCGCUCGCGUGCUGCGGCUGCCGUAUCGUGGCGGUGCGUCUCUGCUGAUCGUCCUGCCCGACGCAUCUGUGGAUUACACCGCCAUAGAGGACGAAAUCACCGCUGAAAGAAUCUUCAGAUGGAUAAAAAAGAUGAAACCUGUGAAGAUGGAGGUCCACGUGCCCAAGUUUCAGCUGGAGCAAAGAUACGGCAUGCAUGAACUUCUGCCACAUCUGGGCAUCAGCAGUGUGUUUCACCACUCGGCCAACCUCACAGGUUUGAGUAAAGAUGUGGGCGUGAAAGUCUCUCAGGUGAUGCAUACAGCUGUGAUGGAUGUGGAUGAAACGGGCACGACUGCCGCUUCAGCAACAUCAGCGGGCAUCACCACUUACUCUUUACCCACCACAUUCCGAGUGGACCGACCCUUCUUUUUCUUCCUGUAUCAUGAAGCCACUCACAGUCUGCUGUUCAUGGGUAGAGUCAUUGAUCCCACGAAGAACUCUCAAUAA